ACAAAGCCAAGAUUUUUCAAGCUGCCAGUUUUCAUCUUCUAAUGAUUCAACGCGAUUUGAACAAAGAAAUACUCAAAAUCGCAGUUUUAAUCUUAAAUUAUUUUAUUUUGAGAAAAACGCUCAAAUAACAUGUUAAAAACACAGUCUUUUAUUGGAGUGGGUCUUUUAACUGCUUUUUUUUUUAAUAAAGUGGUUGAAAAGUGUCCCUAUGUUUGAACUUCAAUCUCAGUUUGACACCCUUUACUUUUGUCUUUAUUUAUUUAUUAGUCUCUCCUUUUUGUUGCUGUUUUAUUACUCUUUCACAUGUCGUACUAUACUUAUUAUUCCAAGAUUUUAAAACGUAUAAUUCAUUAAUGAAAAAGUUAUUUUUUAUUUUCAGGGGGGACCGAUUGGACUGGUCCGCCACCCCCCUUUUGGCUCGUUCAUUGGUUUCGGCCCAAAUCAAUGACGAAUUCCAGGUCUUUCCCCUCAAGUUUAGAAAAACUUUUUUUUUCUACUGGAAGGAGGAGGAGGAGGACAGAGAAGAGGAGGAGGAAUCCGGUUACAGCAGCAACAGCAAACUUGUAACCCAUCUUCGAGAGAAGAAACUCGUUUUAAUAAUUUACGUUUUAGCGACCGAGACCGGAGAGACAGGGGAGGACUAGUUAAACCCAGGCGCGUUCGGCGGGAACGUGCUGUGAGGUGGCUUCUGGGUUUGAUGUGGUGGUGAUGAGCGGCCCUGCUGUACGCUGACCUUUCCCGAGUCCCACCGAAAGCGGAGGAAGUCCCUUGAGCAUGGACUCCUUCAGCACCAAGAGUUUAGCCCUCCAGGCGCAGAAGAAGCUGAUGAGCAAGAUGGCCACCAAGAGCGUGGCCAACCUCUUCAUCGACGACACCAGCAGCGAAGUGCUGGACGAGCUGUACCGCGUCACCAAGGAGUACACCCGCAACCGCAAGGAGUCUCAGAAGAUCAUCAAGAACCUGAUCAAGAUGGUGGUGAAGCUGGGCGUGCUCUACAGGAACAAUCAGUUCAACAGCGAGGAGCUGGUCCUGGUGGAGAACUUCAGGAAGAAGGUCCACACUCUGGCCAUGACGGCCGUCAGCUUCUAUCAGAUCGACUUCACCUUCGACCGCCGCGUGAUGAGCGGCAUUCUGAACGAGUGCCGGGAACUCCUGCAUCAGGCCAUCCGGCGCCACCUGACGGCCAAGAGCCACUCGCGGGUCAACCACGUCUUCAAUCACUUCGCUGACUGUGACUUCUUGGCGGCUCUGUACGGGCCCUCGGAGGUUUACCGCGCCCACCUACAGAGGAUCUGUAACGGCCUUAACAAGAUGCUGGACGACGGGAACCUCUGACCCCGCCCCCUCACUCCCUCUCUCCAUGACAAUCACGAACACUUGUGUUAGUUUGUGUGUGCCUUUCAGAAGUUCUUCUGCUGUUUUUCCAAAGAUUGUUUUUUAUUUCCUUCCUCGCUAACAGUGAUAUUGAUCUUUUUUUUGUAGUUACUCUCGCUGAAUGUAAAUCCUUACGCUCUUAUCAGUAUAUGCAGGGAUAGGAGCCUUGACAACUGUGCCUCUUUAAUACACAGUUGAUCUUCAUUCCUUUCUUUCUUCCAGACCUUCAGCUGGUGCAGCUCUAUGAGGUGCCUUUAGGGAACAAGGUCAUUUUCAAAGAGUUUUUUGUGUGUUUGUUUCUCCUAAAGGUAGUUUUGCACUCGAUAAGCGCUGUACUGUAUUCUUUAGAAGUGAAAACGUGUGAAGGGAAACUUGCAGAGAGACGGUGCCACCAAAGCACACAUGAAAAAAAGUCCGUAAACGUCAAGGGAUGUGUUUGUGUUGUAUUGUUGAUUGUGUUGUGCGUCCGGUCAGGAAAAGCCUUGGCGAGAUGUCACACCAGGUGUGUUUUUUUUUUAGAAUAAAGGGAACAAGCUGUCUGUCAGCUGUGAUUCACAUUAUCCUCAAACUACUAAAAUAUUCAGAAUAAAACAAAGCCUCUGUGAGUUGACAAACACAGCACCUGAUUGUACUGCCGCUGCAAUUACAGCUCCAGACUCGGUUUAAUGGCCCGGAGCUCGUCUCUGUCAAGAAGCCACUCCAUUUCAGCCUGAUGGGGGAGGCCAGCGCUCUCUGCGUGGGGCGGCUCUUUUUACCGACUGAGAUGUUUUUUUUUCCCUUUUAGGGAGCAUUUGAAUUCUUUCUACUGUCCACCUCUAACCUCACAUAAGGUCUUUUUUAGGCUGUGUUGUUGUUGCAUGGCAGCGUCUCGUCUGGGAGACUGCACCCGCUUUGUAUUCCUCGUACCUGUGAGAGCCUUGAAAAUUGAGCCGUGUAAUAAGUGCUGUGCUUUCCCAGAUAGGAUUGCAAACUUCUGCCACAGUAGCUCAGCCAAAGAAAAAUGGGACUGAUGUUAUCCAAAAUGCAGCCCGAGGAAUAUUUAAGACAACCAAAUGCGCUUGGUAAUUAUUAGAAGUCAGCAGAGGUGACUGCUGGGACGUAAAUCUGCUUUAUUCACUUUUUGUGGGGGGUUUUAAUGCUCUAUUUUACUCAUUUUGACUGAAAUGCCUCAGAGAGAGUACUUUUUUAUAAUCCAUAAAAGGCCGGUGUUAAUGAUAUUCCAUUUUAGUCGUGUACAUCCGCUCCGCGUCUCGGGGGUAAAUUAAAACACCCCGCCUCUCUGAAGUCACCAUAGACCACUGAAACCAGCUCGGAUACUUCCUGUUUGCAUUUGAACUGUAUUUUCUUUCCUGUAAAUGUGUUUGUGUCUCAGCUUUGUAUCCAAAUACAACAAAUAAAACACUUUUUUUUUUU